UACUGAUCGGCUUUCAAGGCGUUCGUUUGUCUGUUUUUCUACCUGAUCUUAACGAUAUGUCACAGCCCAAGCCGAUUUUGUAUUACGACGAACGCAGUCCGCCCGUCCGCAGUUGUCUUAUGCUAAUCAAAUUGCUGGAUAUAGAUGUCGAGCUAAGGUUUGUGAAUCUCUUCAAGGGCGAGCAAUUCCAAAAAGAUUUCUUAGCGUUGAAUCCCCAGCACAGUGUGCCCACCUUAGUCCAUGGUGAUAUGGUGCUGACGGACAGCCAUGCUAUACUCAUUCACCUGGCGGAAAAGUUCGACGAGGGCGGUAGUUUGUGGCCCCAGGAGCACGGCGAACGGAUGAAGGUCCUGAACCUCCUGCUCUUCGAGUGCUCCUUUUUGUUUCGGCGUGACAGUGAUUUUAUGUCGGCGAUUGUCCGCCAGGGAUUCGCCCAUGUCGAUGUGGCACAUCAUAAACGCAAGCUGACCGAGGCGUAUAUUAUCAUGGAGCGCUACCUGGAAAAUAGCGAUUUUAUGGCAGGGCCACAGCUGACGCUCGCCGACUUAUCCAUCGUGACCACAUUGAGCACCGUCAAUCUCAUGUUUCCCCUGUCGCAGUUCCCACGUCUGCGGCGCUGGUUCACCGCGAUGCAGCAGCUGGAUGCAUACGAGGCCAACUGCAGUGGCUUGGAGAAGCUUCGCCAGACGAUGGAGAGCGUCGGCAGCUUUCAGUUCCCAUCAUCAUCCGCCCCAGUCACCGAGAAAGUGGAGUAGCACUGCUCAUCAGAAGGCUUGUUUAAUUAAGCUGCCAACGGGGUUGAUUCGAUCGCUUACUUUGCUUAUAAUCAUAAAUUCUAAAAAAUAUUGUUUAUAUAGCUGAAGUCCUAAUUAAACUUAAAUUGUGAUUGGAUUUCAUGCAUACAGAUAUUCAUCUAUGAAAAUAGCAAUACAAAGUGAAAUAUUCUUAUUAAUGCCAGAUGAUAAUUUUCCAUAACAUAUUUCUUAAGUACGCCAAUUAAUAAUUAUUAUAGAAACUCGUGCGAAAUAAUUUGAUAAAUUUCCCUCUUAAAAGCGUAAACUAUUUAGGGGGUAAACGGAUAUCUAAACAUCCAACCCUUUUAUGUGGGUGCAGCCAGAGUAUAUUUGCUUUGGUGAAGGGAAAAUAUAUGUGUAUUUCCGCCAAAUUCAAAGUAAUUUAGCGGUUGGCCGCGACCCUUAAGCAAGCUCAUUAACAUAUAUGCGAGUGACCCUUGUUUACAUCCAAAACGCUGGCAAAUAUUUGGCUGCUCCGGACGUUUGCGCCCUAAUGACAGCUUGUCAGGCCUAAUAGCCAUAUCGAGUGCCCUCCAGUUGAGCGGGGUAAUCCUGUUCGAGGACCAGUUUGCUAAUUGCUCCGCAUCGAACCUCGAGGAGCAAGUAACUCGAUGCCCUGGUCAGCCAACUCGAACAAACUUUGGCGCACGCACCGAUCUCCACAUACACAUCCACGUCCAUCUUUACAGCUUGGCGUCUACGUGCACCUGGUCCUCUCGUCGGAUGUCUGCUGCUCUGCUCCUCUGACCCUCUGACCGCCUGGCUUUUCAGCUGCCAAGUGUCGGGAAAGAUGCAGCCAUUCCUAAUGCCUCUUGCUGCCAUCCGAGGCGGAGCAACAUCCAUCCAAGGCACGCGGCAAACUUUGCGCUCAGCAAGUUUUUCAAUUUCACCCGGCGUUGUCUCAACAUUUAUCUGCCCUUCACGUUGUCAGUGCUUGUACAGAGAUUUUUUGUCAUGGCCACCGGAAUGCUUUAGCUUUCUGUCAACGGCCAACCAAAAGCGCAUCCGGGGCCCCAAAUAUAUAAAACUGAAUAAUUUUACUUAAGCUCUGUCUUACUCUUUUGCCGCAGAGAUUAGCAACUUUGUCUGGUGAUUUGCAUCAAUUUGCAAUUUUAUGUGGGCAAGCCAGUC